AUGUGGUUUGUCACGGACGGCGGCUUCAUCGUGGCGCUCCUGGGCAUCGCGCUCAUGCUGGCUGGCGUCGGCCUCUGCCUGAGCAACAUGCACGGGUGGCUAGGCGCGUCGAUGGCCAGCGGUAUCCUCGCCACCGGCCUGCUUGUGCUAAGCGUCCUCACGGCCUCGGCGCAUUGGUACACGAUGACAACCAACCCAGGCACCGUGCCCAAGUACGUACAAGUGCUUGCGGCGCCCGCGAGUGACGACGCUGACGCCGAGCAUGUGCCAUUGCAAGAUGAAGGCACGACGCUCCACUGCGACCUUUGCGACGCGGCGCGCCCGAGAUGUGUCACGCACUGCGACUCGUGCCAAGGCUGCAUCACCAUGAUGGACCAUCACUGUCCAUGGGUCAACAACUGCGUCGGGGUCGGCAACCUCAAGAACUUUGUGCUGCUGCUCAUCUACCUCUUCUCGACGUGCGUCUACAUGGGCAGCAUGACGGUAGCCCAAGUCGCAUCGUGCCCGGAGACGUGCGGCCUCGACGACGGCAAGCAGCCGGGCAAGGCCGGUGUAGCCGUCAUGGCCGUCGCGUUCAUCUUUGGCGCGCUUGCCGCCAUCAUGCUGAUCCUCGAGGUCUUUAGCAUCCACUACGACGAGCGCAUCGCGUGGAUCGUCCAGAUGACGCGUGCGCAGGACCGACGCGUGAAGAGAGCCACGCUGACGCAGAAACUCGGCGUGCUGUUCGGCAGCGCGACCUUUCGAUGGCAUUGGCUUCUCCCGGGCCGCGACGUGCAUCGGCACCGAUCGGCUGCCGACAUGGACUUCAUCCUCGGCUACCGCCCGCUCUUUCACGAAAGUUAG